AUGAGGAUGAUGCAACAUUCAUAUGGAAAGGAAGAGUGUCAAAUCACUCCAGAGAUUGGAAACUUGCAGUCACUGGAUGCCCUUGAUUUGUCAAGAAACCAGAUAGAAGGAAGAAUUCCAACAAGCCUUUCGCGGAUCGAUCGUCUCAGUGUCUUGGACUUGUCAUUUAACAAUUUGUCUGGCAAAAUUCCCAUCGGAACUCAACUCCAAGGCUUUGAUCCCUCUGUUUAUGCUGGAAAUCCUCAACUUUGUGGACCUCCACUUAAAAAGACAUGUGCUGAUCAAAUUGUGCAAAUUGACUUGAGCAAUCAAAAGGACGAUAAGGAUGAGCUUAUAACACUGGGAUUUUACAUCAGUAUGGGGCUUGGGUUUGCAGCUGGAUUUUGGGGAGUUUGCUGCACUUUGAUAUUCAAGAGGUCAUGGAGAUAUGCAUACUUCAAGUUCUUGAAUGGUUUAAAUGAUUGGCUUUAUGUGCAAGUAGCUUUGAUCAAGCGGCAACUAAAGGAUAUGCUUAAUAGCUAA